UAUAAAUAUCUCUUUAUAUCUCUAUUUAUUUAUAUUGAUCGAUUGCAGUUAUCAGUAAAAGCAACAAUUAAAGUUGAAGCUAAAGCAGUUCUAAGGCUGCACUUUUGCAAACCAAACAAUUAACGGUUGAUGGCCAGCUACUGGAAAGCGAUUCAUAUUAAAUAGAAAGUGGAAAAGCUGAAAAAUCUGUAGCAAGCAAUGCUCACUGCACACAAUUUCAGUAGGCUGAGAACCUAAUUAGAAUGAAAGUAUGAGCAAAUAUACAAGUAUCUAGAGAUAGAGAGAUAGAAGUUAGCAGUAAGUAGGUGUUCACGGCGCUGUGGUCGGUUGUAUGUUCCGUAAGCGGUUUGGCAUCAAGUGACACUCUGCCACAAUUUCUCGUCUCGCUAUAAAUAAUUGCCGAGCCAAUAUUGUAAAUGUAGUAUAUGUGGUUACUUUGUUGCUGCUCCUAUUGUUGAACUCUUCAUUGGCUGAACUAAUCGAAUUCUCGGUUAACGUCGACUGGAAAUUCUAGAAACACCGCAGACGUGCAGUUUUAUUUAGGUGAACAUGUUGCCAUACCUGCUUUCCCAUAACAAUUCGCUGGCUCCACGGGCCUACGCCAAUGCAAUUGGAUGCGAGUUAAUAAAAUGCUUGCCAUAGCAGCGGCCAGCACAUUUCUGCCUUGAAUUCUGUUGCGUGAAGACGUUGAGAUAGUUAGUGGGAGCACUGCUUGAGAUUCUGCUGUGUUGGUGCUAAACGGCUAAGCGCUGGAUAUUAUUUUAAUAUUUGAGAAAAUGUAUGCGAAAUUUCGUAUAUUGACAUUGACAUUGUUGGUGUUUGUGGAUGUGAAUUUGAAGGCGUGGAACGUAACGUGCACCGCCACUGAAGGUGAGCAAACAAAUAGUGAUCGGAAUGUGGCAGUGGGCGUUGCAGUUGAAGACGACAUCGAAGACCUCGAAGUUGUUGCACAAACGGCGAACAGAACAAAUAGUGUGGAUACAACAAAAAAUAUAACGCUAUCAAAAGCAAGAGCACGCAGCAUAGCGCACAACAACGACGAUGACGACUUCGUUGAGCACAAUUUGAACGCAGCGCAUGAGACACAGCUCAAAGACACUUCGCGUCCAUUGAAGAAUGUCUUUCGUGGCGUCUACAAGAGCUACAAAAGCACUUACAUGGGCAACGUCACAUCGGCAGAAUAUAAGAAGCGUCUGAUUGAGCGCUUAAAUGCGGCCACCGCGCAUAUACACGUGAGCAGCACCAAGCCGACGCUGGCGACGAAGCGCGCAGAACUGAGUGAACUACACGAAAGACUCAAGAACGAAACUCGAUUGCCGCCCGACACCGAAAUAGCGCCACUCGCGCCACCCGCACUUGACGCCGAAGCACUCAAAGCGAAAUUGAAGGAAACGCUACGUAAACGCAAACGUAAAUAUCAUCGCGCACAUGCGAGUGCGAAGCGUACAAAAACAAAUCAUCGGCACUCGAACGCAACAACCACAGACGCUGAUAAGGUGUAUGAGCGCGCAAGCCACAACAACAACAAUACAGCUAAUAAAAUUAACGCGAACGAAAUGCCACUUGAAAGCGCUCAAGGCACACUUAACGGUACUUUCAGUGAUAAGCAUUAUCGCUACACAAUCGGACCCGGCGUCAAUAUGAGCUUUGAUAUGUUAAAUGACAUCGUUAAUGUGAAUUUGGAUAGCGAUAAUCUGGCCGAAAUCAUGCGUGGGCGCUGGUUGAACGAUAACAGCGAAGAGGGGCGCGGCAAGAAGUACGAUAUGAUCACCAAAGUGUUGCCACUCUUCGUGCUGCCAUUCCUCAUACAAUCUGCCAUUGUGCCAUUUUUGGUCACCAAGUUGAAAUUGUUGCUGGUGAAGUCCAUAUUGAUUGGCAAAUUGGCGAUAUUCCUGCUCAUUUUGUCGGCGAUCAAGAAUGGCAAUAAAACGGUGCAAUCAUAUGAGGUGGCUCCGUCUUAUUGGGCUGGUGAGCCGAGUCGGCGUUCGGAGCUGGCAGCGGCUGCUUCAUCGUCCGCUUAUAAUGGCUAUCGGGUGGAGGGUAAGCCAGCCGCUUGGAUCAAUUAACGAAAUGAUUUGCCUAAGAAUUAUGUUUAUGUUUUUUUGUUGUUAAUGAAAUGGAAAUUAAAAGAUAUAUGUAUGUG